CCAUAAAAAAACGCCAGAAACGCAUGGGUCCUGCCCCAAUUGCUUCCUUCGAAGACCUUUCUGAUGACAAGAAUAGAAUCGACACAACACCCGAGGAACAAAACCUAGCAGGAUCCGUGGUGAGGUUGCCCGGCAUUCGCGAAGAUUUGACGCCCCACUCCCCAAGACUGGUCGAAAGUCCUGUCAAACAGUUCGUCUAUCCGGGCAUUAGUCUGGUGGGUACUCAAAUGCAGCAACCGAGUCCCGGUACGUUGAGACGUCAGCUCAAGUCCCCAAACACUCCUAGGAUCGAUAUAUCGAGGGCGAGCAGCUCCUCGCACCAUGGCAGCAGGGAUAGCACACCAGAUAGGGAAGUGUUCGAAGGCCACGAUCCGCACAGCGCCAAACUGGGACUGGGGUUCAGGGAGGAUGGAGCGUUAGACUUGAGAUCGUCCACAGAAGAGUUGCCGUAUCACGAGAAAAAAAAGAGCAAGGGACAUUCGAGGUCGCCCAGUUUGCAGGACGAGUUCCACCGGAAAGACUCUCAGAACUCGGAUCUGCUCGAGGUGGCGGGUAGAACAAGUCGCGUUUCCAGUAUCGGAAGUCAGGGUUCGGCCAACAGUAGAAUAUCAAAUUUAAGUGCUCUGUCGUACGCCUCGAGAUGUUCUUCGCCGCAUAAAAUGGUUUUGGAGACGUCGUUUUGCGGGAACAAGACGCCGGAUUUGGUUAAGCCACCGGAAAAUUUGAGUGGAAUCAAAGUGGACACUGAAGCGUUGGAGAAAGUGAUUUUAUCCCGAAAACAUGAUCCAAUGAAGGCAAUUUUGGCCGAAGGAAUAGCAGUUGAUAAGUCACCGAAGCAAGCUCCUGUUAAACCUGUUAGGAAAGAUAUGGAAACACAGCCACAGUCACAGCAAGUUGACAUAAAGAUUACGAUAGAUCCUGUCCAACGAAAUGGUUUAAGCAGAAGCACGCCGUUGAUGAGCAGGCACAUUUCUGCCAGCGGAGUUGAAUAUUUUUACAUACCUUUAACCGGUAAGUUACCGGAAGAUGUGCCAGGAUGCCAAGUUUCAUAUCCUAAAUACAAUAAGAAGACUUUGAGGGAAUGUAAAUCAGCAAGUCCUGUUGACAGAAGAAGAUUACCAGGGGUUACGUCCCCAUCCCCCAAUAAACGAAAAAAAGGUGCAAAAGUGGAGGUGAAAAAAGUAACUAAAAAGCCCCAGCCUCAAUCAGUAUUGGAUUUGAAACCCAAGGAGCCACAAAUAAUCAGAAUUAAGCUGAAACCGGAUCACGAAUACGGCGACGAACCAGUCUGCUCUCCUAUAAAUGAGAUCCAUAAGCCGGACACAUUAGACUUGAAGACGGUCCAGUACGAUUCGGAGAUCACUGGAGACUCGUCGUCAACUCAAGACCAGCUGCAAAGCUCGAAAAGCUCACCAAGUGUAAGUCCCAAAUUAUCUAGAAGUAAUAUUAUAAGCGUCACACCGUCGCCAACUGUAUCGCGUCGUAGCUCAUUUGCGUCACUUUUCAGAAGUCGCGAGUCGACUCCAGAUUCUCCUGGAGGUCGACGCUUGAGUGCUUUGUCUGGAUUUAUCAGAGACGCAGGCGAUCAAAUAAAAGAGGUAAGCAAACACCUGAAAAACCGGCCAAGGUCCAACAGUAAGGACACCACUCAAUCGUUGUCUGCAGCUCCGUCCUCUUCCGAAAGUAUAGACUGCAAGUCCAAACAGAAAUCGCUGCUGUCUCUGUUCAAGUUCGGUAGAAACUCGGAGACGCCAACCAAAUCCGAACCGGAUCCAGAUCCAAUCGAUGGAAUCGGCAAGGUGGAGUUCAAGUUUAACGACAACGACCAGUCUGAUCGUGAACACAAAAGGUUUCCGGCAACGCCACUAGCGGGACGAAUAAUACACAUACCACUACAUUCACCUACAUACUACACUGAAAGAACAAUCAUACAUGACUGGAGUCAAGAGUCACAAGAUACAGUUAUAGAAGCCAACCCUAAGGAUGGAGACAUAAUCGAGGAUAAACAAAAAGAUGAAGAGAUUAGGGAGGUUAAACACAUUGACAAGAAAAUUAGCAAAGAGAGCAGUACCAGCAGCGAAAACCUAGUUUUUUCUACACAGUUAGGGAAUAAUGAGAUUUUUACUACGAAACUACCAAAACAAGACAAAAACGAACAAAAUCACACAUCCUGCGUAGAUAUUAUAGUACACGAAGCUAGUAGCCCAAUAAAGUGCGAUGACAAUGGUAACCAACCAGAAAAAACUCUGGAACCGGAAUCUGAACCAAUACAAGAACCGAUCAUUAAUGAACAAGACUCUGAUUUAAAAAAAGACGACUCAAAUCUCAGUCUUACUAAAGCAGGAAGUAGUUUGAGUUCAUUGGUUACGAUCGCGGACGGCAAUUCCUCCGACUCUGAACGAGAUUCAGAAGCCGACGGCUUGAAAAACAACAGAAGGUCUCAAGUAUUAAAACUCAAAUUAUCGGAACAGGAGAUUAAAGGUCUGGUUCAAGAUUCUUUUGAGGAAGAACUGCCUUACGUUCCUACAACUCUGCCACUUGAACGUUCAUCCUGUGUUCCCAUAGUGCCGAGUAGCCAAAGGUCAGCCAUUGACAUCAAAACUUGCCCCAUUGAACGACCUCGAUCCACAACGCCGUUGAAUCCGUCGUGCUUAGACGAAUACUGUGAGGAAAUUUUCGGCAACGCAGAAAACAUCACCCAUCGGAUAGAAAAGAUAAAGAUCUCACUACCUAGAACCGACUCGAUGGAGAAAGGCAAAGCCAAACCGACCAGAAUUAACUGGCAGGAAUUCGCCGAGACAGCCAUCGCCACCAGAACCACACCAACGGCAUCAGAGGAGCCCCCACCUCCUCUACCUCCGCGCGGCGUGCAACGCGAAUGGAUCGACUUCGAACAGAUUCCGGAGAAGCGGCGUCAUCCCAAGAGGAUACAGACAAUACCCGGCAGGGAUAAAGAGAAGCUGAGCAAGAAGUUCUCCCAGGAGGGUGUGCUGUAUAAUUACGUGAAUCCCGACGAGUGUGUCUGCGAGUGCCACGACCACAUAGUGCCCAAACCGAAACCCAAGCUGAAGGAGCCUCCACCCCAACCGAUGGAUGUGGAAGAGGAAGACGAGCUGGUGCCACUGUUGGAAGACGAAGCCGUCGCCGAUCAUCCCGUACCUGUUCCUACUCAACAUUUUGGGAAUAUUAGUGAAUCACCAUUAGACAUCUUUUCCUCGAAGGAGCAAAAAAUAGAAUCGUCAAUAAGUAGUUCUAAAGCAAUUCCAUUUGGUAGUGAUUUAGGGAUCAGCAAUAGAUCGAGUGUAGUAUCUGAGGAGGACCACAACUCAAACGACGAAUCUUAAUCAUGGAAAAAACUAACGCUUUCGUCGUUAUCUUAUGGUUAGGGA